CUUGCUAUCUGUAAUUAAAGGACGACCGUUGUUAGUAAGUGAUGGAAUUGAUUAGCUUACCUCAGGUAGUAGGAGAUAGAUAUAUGUGGCUUAGGUACCCAGAUGUUGUACAGUUAUUAAUUUACCUACCGUAAGCACAAUUUUCAUUGCCACCUCGAACAAGAGUGUUCUUUUGGCUUCAAAGUUCUGCGAUAUUUUCUUUCUAGAUCUUUGUUUUGUGUGAAUUCAUCGAAUCGCGAUACCACCAAUAACGCUCGUUGUAAUGGAUCCGUCCAUGGAGUCUCUUCCCGAGGCUGUUGAUCAUGGACCCGGUCUCAUCGUGGCUGCAUGGGUUAUGGGAGCGGUCGGCUGUUGUUUACUGAUUAUGCGGCUGUACACACGCAUAGCGAUCGUACGAAAAACCGGUUGGGAUGACUGGACUAUGGUUAUAGCGGUGGUUUUAGCUAUCGUUACCGACAUCAUCGUCACGCUGAUGGUGCAUUAUGGCGUCGGCAGACAUGCGCCCUAUCUCGGAGAGGACCAGAGAGUGAACGCUGUAUACAUGAUAUGGCUUAGCGUUCCAUUCUCUCCUGGAAGUGCCGCUUUCGGGAAGAUCUCUAUAGCGUUAUUUCUCAUGCGUCUCAUUAAUCGAAACCGUCCGCAAAGAUAUUUCCUCUGGGUCCUAAUAUUUCUUCUGGUCGUCAUCAACCUAGCUCUUGUCAUCGUCACUUUUGCGCAAUGCACUCCCGUGACUUUCCUUUGGGGUCGCGUUGGAACCGGCACCUCUGGAACAUGCUGGGACCCGACUGUUCAACAGUAUUACGGCUACUUUCAAGGUUCUUUUUCCGCAUGGAGUGAUCUGGUACUCGCUUUUUUCCCUACAAUACUUAUCCGGAAUCUUCAGAUACCCCUGAAAACGAAACUUGGGAUCAUCAUCCUCAUGUCAAUGGGUGUUAUUGCUGGUGCAGCAGCAGUUGUCAAGACAGUCGAGUUGCGUAACCUAGCCACCCCGGAUUUCACAUGGGAUGCCGUUCCACUCGUCUACUGGUUCUUAGCAGAGAACUGGAUCAUCAUUAUCUGUGCAUGUGUGCCCACCGUUAAGCCACUUUUUAGCAAUGGGGAGUGGCGCCUUACAAAUAUGUGCUCGCGUAUCACGAAAAAGAGUAUCGGCUCCUCGACAUCUGGCUAUAAUCAUCACUCUGAGCAACCUUCGUACAGUCUCGGAUCACUAGACCAGCCAUUAUAUCAAAGACCAGACAGGUUGUCUCAAUAAGGAAAUUGUAAAGAACGCUGGAGAGCUACCACUCCGCCUCCAACUAGUUUUCCAGUUGCUUUAGGUACCUUAUACCCCAAUCACUAAAUCCCACGAAAACAUAGGAGAGGGGGGGGAUGCCUUGGCAAUUAUAACAGGGUU